AUGGCCAUGGCACUGGAAAAAAUUGCUACAAACAUUGCAAAACUCGACUUUUUGCCGGGCAACAGUCAUAAACUUCAUGGUACUCGUGAAUUCAUUACCGUGUUUCAAUCAAUGAGUAAAGAUACAAAUAAUCUGUGUAAAAAGGUUUCAACUUUACUCAAAGCGCAUAGCGCAAAAUGGUCUCGCCGUCUGGGUGAAAAUCCGCAAAUUUCUGAAUGUCCGCCAAUGAAGCAGCAAUUCAUGAAUCUUGUUUCAAUCAGUUCAUUGUUAGCCGACUCGUUUGAUAAUGCACGUAAAGAAAUCAAACGGGAACUCGCCACUAUACCUUCGCUGCCACGGUGUCAAGUCAAAAGAGAUAAACAAAAUGCACGUCAGAACUUUAACCAGGCUGAUAAACAGCUUAAAAGAUUGGCCGAAGAACAAAUUAAACUUCAAGACCAAUUAAAUGAACUCAAUCAGCAGUUAGAGAACACUUCGUUGGAAACAUUGAGAGAAGCAGACGUGAGAUCGAAAAAGAACAUAUUAAAAAAACAAUUACGACAGAAGGGUAUUGAGUUACAUGAAGCUCGAGAUGUAUUGAAUAUAGAAAAACAACUACGUGACAAACGACUCGACCAAAUUGUUGAAGAAAAUCGACGAGUUGAAAUAAAUUUGUUGGAAAACCUUAAUAGAUAUAUGCAACAAUAUUUUGCAGCUAUGCAAGUUAAAUUACCUCCAGCUACGAUAGAAAGAAUUACUCGUACAUCGCAGAACGAAUUUCUCAUUGGAGAAGAAUUACAUUCCUUGCAGACCAUGUGUAGUCAAAUAAGCUUUGACAAUGACAAUGACAAUGACAAUGACAAUGACAAUGAAGAUUUUUCCGAUACAGAUGACGAGUCUUUCUCAUUGGAUAGUAAUGUCAGCAACAACAAGAAAAAUAACACCAAACAGUUUAUACAUGAGAUAAGCGUAUGA